AUGGUAACGGCAAUAACCAACGCGAUAUUUGACGAGAUUUCCCCAGCGCUGAUCCGCCAAACAAACAUGGCGGACUACAAAGAAGCGCCCUUGGCCACCCGGCCCAGAACUCUGGAUCCAAAUGAUUAUUUUAACCUGUCACCAGAGAAAAGGCGAGCAGAUGAAGAGCGGGCUGCAGUGCGCUCCAAUCUGAAGAGACAGUACCUCACACAGCUCAACAACCCGCACAGAAAUGCGCUCAUUGACGACCCUGCUCUGAAUCGCUGGGUAUAUGCUCGUGCCAACCCCUAUCCGCACUUUCGGCCAACUUUCAAGACUUCUCUAUUUGGGUUCAUGUUUGGAGUUGCACCCUUGUUUGCUCUUUACUACGUAUUCAAAACAGACAGAGAUCGAAAAGAGAAGCAGAUUCAGGCUGGGACCAGCGACCGCAGGUUCUGUCACUCAUCAUGA